GUCUUCAGUCAUUGUCCAAAUCGAAUUUAAAUGCACACGAACGAGGGGGUUCUUGGCGGCGUUGAAAAAUUGAAACCAAUGGUUGUGGCUUAUAAGACUUCAAAAAUUGCAUGCAACUCAAUUCCAUUUUUACCUCCACAUCCGCCUAGUGCUCUGAUAAACCUGUUUUCUUGGCCACCAAUUUCGUGAUUUGACUAUAAUUUUUUUUCUCCAUGCUGCCGUGGUAAUCACCAUGGUCGGCCUGAUCGUCGUCAUUGUCUCGUUGCGUGUUGGGAAAUCCUUGUUAUAAGUAAUGAAAGAAAGUCCAUAUGCGCAACUGUGGUUGGUUCAAAGUCACAGUGAGUCCCCGGGUCUCCUUCAAGUUGGUUUAGUUGGUAAGAGCGUCUCCAACAACAAGUCCUCAUCGGAGGCAAAAGAAACAAAGCUAUCUAUCCAUCCAGGCAUUGCUAUUGGCCAUUGGCAGCGAUACCCGGAACGAACAUGAAGAGUCAUUCAUCAUUGUGCAAACUUGCAAGUACCGAAGGUUUCGAGGACUUUGAAACGGCGUAAGUACCCCAUCCAGUGCUUACACACAUCCAAUGGGGGACGAAGGCCAUUAGCGAAAACCCUUUAGUGCUUAUUGUGAUAUCAAUGGCACCCAAUGUUUCGACAGACCAAUGUGUUGCCAAUGCUUGAGACUUACUCGUCUUAAGUUGACGGGGAACGAUCUUGAAGGCAGUGUUGUUGAGAAAAUCCCGGCCUGCUUCCCCAAUAGCAUCCGAGCUCAUCUCCUUGCCAUCCAUUGAGUAAGUGGCCAUGGAGGACAAACGACGACCUGUGCAAUCCCAGCCAGUUUGCCUUGAGCACUGGUAGAAGAUAUCAUUGAGCUGGAUGAGGUGGACAGAGAGGAUGUGCUUCCUUUAAUUCAAAACAUGACAUCCAACGAGUGUUUGCAAGUGCUGAUUCAAAAACCAUUAAUGUUCUUCAAUUUUCAAUAGAAGUGCUGAUUCAUGUUGAGAACUAUUAUUGUUUGAUUGCACGAGGACACGCCGAAAGCCAAGACAAGAGUGAGGAGUGAGGAGUGAGGAGUGAAAAGUUGAGGAAAUCCCAAUUUCUUCCAUAGUCUUUCUCGGGAGGGUUUCGAGAUUGGAGAGAGCUGUCUGUUCAAGCGUGGUCCGAGCAGUGGAAUGCUCAAAUAGGCAUUUUGGCGAGGAAUGCCAUUUUUCAUCGCAUCUGACUGCAAUCCUGAGUUGGGUGCGGAUAUCAGUGAAAGCACUCGACGGUGAACGAUACAAAAAUAAUCCUUAUCACAUGACUCGAUGUGACAACACGCACACUCCCACCGAGUUCAUAUUUUUUCAACUAGACCGCUUGUCAGUAUUCAUGGAACCUUUGGGAAAUUCGCCCGUCCUUGUUCUGGGAAUAGAAUGAUAACCCGUGUGCACUAUGAAUUUAUACCACUUCCACCUCAUCUGGUUGUUUCUGGCCUGUUUUAAUCCAAUUCGAGGUCAAGAUCCACUGGAAGUCCAAUUCCAAUUGGAUACCAAAGCGCUUGAUUUGAAGGCUCCAGCAUUGCACAAGUGUUGCGAGAAUGGGUUCGGGUUUGACAUUGAGACCCGUCAAUGUAUUCCAGUCCCCGACAAUGAGAACCAAGUUGAUCCUCGAUUGGAUCCCAGUUUCUUGAGCUUUUUCGACUACGUGGAUUAUGACUAUCCCGAGAUCAAUUUCCAAUUACAUGCUGAUCCUCAUCUUCCCACAUGUACGGAUCGCGAGGAUCUUGAAUACUUUGGAAAUGCUCAGAAUAACCAUCAACAAGGUCAGUACGCCAUAGAUGACAAAAAUUUGACGGGAAGUCACUUCAUUCUCAUGGACGCAACGACCUCCAUGACAUACGAAGAGUUCUGUGUGGAACAGGCCUUUUUCCAAGGGCUGUUUGAUGGCACAGCCGCCGUGUUCUGUCAAACCAAGUUGGAAUUCGAGUGUGAAAAUCGUACCUGCAUCAACUUCUGUUGUCCAUUCCAACAAGUAUUCAAAGGAAGCGAGUGCUGGGAACCUUCGGGAUCAAACCUAGUACCAUUGCCCAUUUUCAAGGACGAUGGGAUCACGGAGACCGAACGGAGACGCUCGGACUUCAAAUUUCUACCUGAACGACCUCCCAGUGGUUGUAAGUACUUCAAGUACGAGGACUUUAUCAUGUUGGAAACUGGCGAGGCACGGGUCUACAAGGUGGAUUAUGGCUUGGACAAGUACUGUGUGGAACGAGAGGAGAUCUACGACAACCAGACAGGCACAUAUUCGUAUCCAUUUAUGAUUGUUGUAUGUCAACCAGAGGACGCCAGCUCCAAAGGAUUCCUCCGAUAUGUAGAUAUUUUGGAUUUCACCAUUAUUCCCACGUUAUUCGUCAUCUCCUUGAUAUUUCUGGCCUUGCUCUUUAUCCACGUGUAUCGACGGAACCGUCAGAAACUGUUUGGGGUUAUGACCCUCUGUCUCAUCUCGAUGUUAUUCUUCUUUUAUCUACUCCUCAUCAUUGGCAAGAUAUUUGCCUCUUUACGUGACUACGAGGGUCUCUGUGUGCUUUUGGCCCUUCUCCUCCAAUACUCGUAUCUCUCGGCCAUAUUCUGGCUGAACGCCAUGGGCUUCGACAUUUGGACCACUUUUCGCCAAAUGAAGACCUUGCCGGAUCCCAGUCACGCCACCGGAUGGAAGCAUAAGAAAUUCAAAUGGUAUGCCCUGUACUCAUGGGGAGCUCCCAUUCUGGUCGUCGUUGUCACCAUUGCCAUGCAAUACUCGCCCAUGGCCGAUGAUACUCACGUGGUCUAUCCGGGCAUCGGGAAGAUGCGCUGCUUUCUGGAUAGCGGUUGGCCCUCGGUGUUCUAUUUGCAUAUCAUCAUUCUACCCCUUCUGAUUCUCAAUGUCUUGUUCUUCAUCUCAUCCACGUGGAACCUGUGUUGUGGCAUCUGGGCGGAUAACAGCGGGGAUCCCAUGCUACGUGCUCAGAACAAGACCAAGUACACCACGGUGGUGAAGAUGUUCUUUGCCAUGGGAUUGACCUGGAUUGCGGAGCAGGUCUCGUUCCUCUUGGAGACCAUCUACCAUCCGAGUGAGGUCAAAUAUGUGACCACGGUGUUCAAAAUCAUCAACUCACUCCAGGGAUUCACCAUGUUCUGUGUCAUAUACUUUGAUGCUAAGAACAUUGAGUGGAUCCGGACCCAGAUCUUCGGGCUCUCGCCAAAGCUACCCAGUCAGAGAAGGAGUACCGUAUCAGAACCGCGAACAAGUUCAACAUCGGGCAAUUUUGUCUCUUUCAGAAAGAUCUCGAAGAUCCUGAACGAGUCUCUGAGGGGACACGCCUCCGCUUCAGGUGGAAUAGGCAGGGCUAAAAACGGUCCCGAUGAGGAAAUGAUUGAACUCAAGGAUGCUCCCAAAUCUCCCAGAUUUGAAAUGGAAUAAGUUGGCCCAUACAAAACUACAUGAAGAGUACAAAGGAUGGAAUUCCAAUUUAAUCUUUGAAAUAUUGACAUCCCGAAAAAUCCAGGAUCAUUGAUUGAAGGAGAUAUAUUCCGUUGGCCAAUCUUUGAACAUCACCUUCAGUGUCAUGCAUUCGUCCAAGGACCAUUUGGACCGUGUUUCAUUCCACCCACGAGCAAAUGAUCGGUGGAGUUGGACCAACGAUAAUUUGCGUAUUUGCUUUAUUGUCACCAAGAAUGAGUAAAUCCCAACUGUUGGUUCCUCUUUGUACAGAACGUAAAUGGGAGCGUUCAAAAUUGCAGAGUCCGUGCUGAGUACUUACAUUCGGAUCAAUGGUAGACAAUAAUCUUGAUAUGCCUGAUUUUGAGGAAGCAAGUCACAAAUACAAAGAAAGCGAACUUCAUAUCUUCUUUGUCACUUAUGGAGAUUAUUGGAACUACCCUGAAUGUCAACGGAACUUGGACCUUAUACAUGUUAUCGUCCAGUGGAACGUUGUCAGUAAAAGAAUACACAAUAUUUGAAUUAAGGUCAUAUUUGAGCUGUUGUUGAGUCUAGAUAUGAUAAAUGAUCUAGAAUCGAAAGCGACGCUUGAGGGUAAAAGUGUUGAAAGUUACCUUGGACAGGGAAUUAAAAUCGAAUUAAAACUUACAUCGAUUUACUCGUAUGAGUGUGAAAUCAAAUUAAAGCCGCUUGCUUUCAUUGGCCAUAAAUUGUUUGGAAUAGUGCACAUCAACUAUAAGUCACUAUAG